ACGCGAGCUUUGCGCGGGAAAGCACGUGGUUUCGUUCGGUUUUCCGUUCGCGAAAAAGUUAUCGUUCAGCCGAAGAUUUGCAGUGGUGUUCUUAUUUUGAAUUUUGACGUUAAUUGGAACAGUGAUGUGUUACGUGAUACGAUUGGAUUUUGUAUGUGACAGGAGCAUAUUGGUGCAGUGAAAAGGAAUUCAAUUCUUUCGUACCAACUGUUUGGAUGCAAAAUGCUUAAGUGGGCUGUAUAUGGCAAGAAAAGUCAAGAUAUUCAAGUUCAUUCAGAAAAUGAACACGAAGAAAUAGAUACCAGGCCGUAUGAUGAUAAGUUAAGAAGAUCUCUCGACGCACAAUCUGUGAAAAAAAGUAAAAAACCCAGCAGAUAUCAGAGGAGAUCUUUAGGUGCUGCUAGUAGAAAAUCCAAUGUAAAAAAUGUAGAUAAAGAGAAUAUUCAUUAUAUAGGAAAUACACCAAAUUAUUUUAAGGAGGGCUUCAUUAAGAAACUCGAUAGUAAUGCAUUAAAAGAUGUAAGUAAUAUUACACCUACAUCAGUCACGCCGAACUUUGAGCGAAGAAAGUUUUACUACGACGAGAAGGAGGAUAUACCUCCAGAUUUACCACCAACUCCACCCACAUAUAGCAGACGAGUCCGUGAGGCAAAGAAACGAAAAUUAGAAAUGACCGCGUCUAACAAUAAUGAAGUUUUUUCAAGAAAUAGCGCUGUAUAUAAAUCUGAAAGAAGAAUAAAACCUGUUGACCGCAGUCUCUUGAGUGGUUCAAAUCUUAGUCACAGUGUAUCCGAACCUUCACUUAAUGAUUUAUCAGAGAGAUUGAGUAUGACAACAGGAAGCAAUAAGAGUUCUUUUACUUUUUCAAAACAGCUCAGUAAUGUCAAAACAAUAUGCACAACAAAAGCAGUAAAUGAAGAUAUCGCAGAAAUUGAAUACGAUAAGGACUUAGUCAUCAAUUGCAUAGAAAAACCUUUAGUUGAUAAGAGCAGGUUAGAAAAAUCGACUUUACCCAUUUUCGGGCAUCGAAUUUUUACGGACAACCCCUUAUACUUCAAUAAGAACGAAGAGGAUUUGAUAAACAUAAAACCACUUAAGAGGACGAGAAAGAAAUCGAACGAAUUUGAAAGUUCCUUUAAAUCGCCCUCGAUAGAUAAAAGAGAUGUUCAUACAUUAGUAAGAGAUGGUUGCUCUCCAGUAUCAGUAACACCUUUAUCGAUUAAACUUGCUGCGCUACGAUUCAGCGCUAUGAGUGCGCAUACGAGAACUCAAAGAGAAGAAUGUAUGAAGGCUGAUGUAACACAAUAUUUCCCAAAGGUAGAUCAUCCCUUCACGAUAUCACUAAAAGAUGAAGAAAUUUCAACUGAAAUGGAAAACAAGUUCAUACUCGGCAAAGAUUCUUUGAAUAGUGUCGCGGAAUCAACAGUUUCAACUACUGAAAUGGGCGAUAUUACACUGGAAAAAAUGAUUGAGGAUAUAAUAAAGAGCACGAAGAUAAUAAAGUCUAAACGAAGGAUAAUUCAACAAGCCCAUCACAAUCCCCAGAUUGAAGAAGAUGUCGCAUCAAAGGCGGAAGCGAAAGACCUUUUUGUUAAUCCGCAAACGAACAUUAAAAGCAACUUAAUAAAAGAGGCUAAAUGCGUAAAUAUUUCAAGAGAAAAUUCAGUUUCACCAAAAUCGACACCAACAAAAAAAAUGUUUCCGUUUCAGAGAGACACAACAAAACUAUUAAAGAAUGUACCGAUUGGGGGUUUUAUUUUAGACGAUGGCGAUGGUUACAAUGAGCGAGAAGUGAGAACUCCGGAUGAUGAUAUUAAAACGAAACAGCGGUAUAUUGAAUGUUUAAACAGAUCCCUUAUGAGAUCAAGAUCAAUGACCUGUACAAGCGAUGCUCAGAAUUUGGAAAAUAUGUCAUCAGAAUCUACGCCAGAUUUAUAUCUAGCUGUACAAGGAUGUGGGAACAAUAGGCUAAGAAGACAAAAAUGUAUACGCAGAAAGAAAUCCACAGUGAGCAACGACAGUCAGUUCAAACAAAAGCAAUUAGAUUCCAAGUCAUCUAUUCUUACACAAGAUAUGGAGAUUCCAAGUCCUGUAUCUGCAUCACCAGUUAGGCCUGUCAAUGCCUCUCACAAUGAUGAAUUACCAUUAGAAUUACCCAAUACUUCCUUAGCAUCAUGUGUAUCACACAGCAGUCUUAAACCUUGCAAGCCGAUACAAAAUAUUAGACCAAAAGAACUAUUUGGUCUGAGUCAUGAGAAUGGCAUACCCAGCCCCAUCACACCCAUCCCGAAUUUAAAACGAACCAGUAAUAUCCUCAGUGAGGAGAGGGCACAUAAAACUAGCAAAUUAUACGAAGACAUGCUACCGAAUGACAUAGCUACACCCGUCAUUGAACAUAGAUCGUCGAGGCGAUGUCUCACGUACUCUCCCGAAGAAAACAGUAUAAGCAGCAGUGAAGAGAAACGGGGUAGUAUAGCCAGCAAUAGAUUGGAACGUAGCGCAGAUAGAUUUCAAGCGCUAAAAGGGACCAUUGACUUGGAAAUUAUAACAAAGAAUGAACUUAUUGACGUGCACGUAAUCCGUUGUCGAGAUUUGCAGCGAUCUUCCGGGAAGGUGGACGAUAUCAACGCUUACGCUAAGGUUGUGAUCAGCGGUGUGACAGAGGCCCAAUCGCUGCCAUCACAGAGGUCUAUAUUCCAACGUACCUCAGUCCUCUAUGGCAAGAGGGAACCGGAGUUCCAGAGGCAUUUGAAGCUGCCCCUACCUUCUGCUGUAUACGACCACCAAAUGCUGCAUAUAUCUGUCUGGCACCGAGACAAGAAAUACAGGAGGAGCGAGUUUUUAGGAUGUGUCUCGUUCCCAUUGAAAGAUGCUAUUAAAAGCGACAUAUCUGGCACGUACUUCUUGCAACAGGCGACCGGCCGCCAGACGCCGCUCGACGCAUGCAGCCGCGUGACUGAGGAUCGACGAAACAUGGCUACGGACAACACUGAAACUAGCACCAACGAUGGAACUAAAGAGAACACUGAAAAAGAUGUCGCAGCAAACGGACCCACAGCGAGUCAAGCGCAAGUCGCUGCAGCACUACAAAGAGAGGCCGAUGAGCAUCUCUUCCUACGAUACCUUGAACUCGACCCGCCUGAGGACCCCACGGCGCCGAGAAGGACGCAGAGGAAUGGGAGGACACCGUUUACCACUACUAGAAAACUGGUCCGCGGCACAGGGGGCGGGUUUGGCUUCACGGUGGUGUGGACGCGGCCGCCGCGCAUCGAGCGCGUCGCGGCGGGCGGCGCGGCGGAGCGGGCCGGCCUGCGCGCGGGGGACUACAUCGUCUUCGUGGGGAACAGGAACGUGGUGACGGCCAGCGAGGAGGAGGUGCGGAAUCUCGUUAAAUCUGCGGGCCAAACGCUCCACAUAGAGACAUUCCGCCGCGUCCCGCAAAACGGUAUUGGAGUGCGGCCGCGCGCGCCGCAAACGCCGCUCGUGCCGCACACGCCGCUCGUGCCCCCCGCGCCGCACGUGCAGCCCGCCGCGGACACGCCCCCGCCGCGCUCCCCGCGCGCCGCGCUGGCGUCGCCCGCCGCGCGCGCGCCCACCGCCUGCUCCUCCACCAGCCAGUCGCUCGACCGCCGCAAGCUGCACCUGCCGCAGGUCACCUUCUCCAAGGAGACACCAGGAGUAUCCACGGACGGCAGGAAGCGGUCACUCCUAGCAGUAAUAGCGAGGGAGCAACAUUACGCCACAUGCUUGCAGUUUGGCUUAGUCCGUUUCGUCACACCCCUGGCUGAGAGAGCUGACCUCAUCGCCCCCAGCGACCAUCAGUUGUUGUUUCAGAAUAUUGAAGAGAUAUUUAGGCUAUCAGAAGAUAUUUUAGAUCAAGUGGUUCAAGAUGACGGAGAAAUACAAACAUCAACAGUGGUCGCUGUAUAUUUACAAAAAACGCCUGUGUUCCUUAGCCUUUAUAAAAAAUAUUGUUUGGGACUGAAAAGAGCAGAUUGUGUGCUUGUAAAAAAAUCAAAAGACCCCAGCGGAGCCUUCUCCCGUUUCUGCACAAGUCCACCCAUACCCAGAAGAAGGCCAGAUAUAACGUCAUUGGUGCAUAAGCCACUUGAACAGUUCCGGGAGCUCCUGAGACUGAUGCGGGCCGCAGCUGCUGGCAACGGUUCUGGGCCUUACGACCAGCUGGAAAAGAAACAGCUCCAAGUUAUUGUAGAUCAAUUACAGAGUGGGUAUCAAGAUGUAACAGCUGGUUCGGGUCUAAUGGGGCUAGCUGGUGAUGGCAAACCCUUACUGUCCGUAGCUGAUCUUGAAAGUAGACUUGUGUUCACUAGAUGUAAGCCUUUCGUACUUAGCACUGCAGGGCGGCAAUGGAUAUUUGGAGGGGAGUUGUCAAGAGUUGAAGGGAGAACGGUCAGACCCUAUUGGGCGUUGUUAUUCACAGACCUCCUUUUAUUUGCAACCGUCUCAAGAGACAGGGUAUUAUUUGUCACAGAAGAACCAGUCGCUCUAGCCACUGUUUCGGACGCUCAGUAUAAUGUUAGAAAAAAAGCAACGGAAUUUCGACUUAUCUUGGGUCGAGCUGGUGGGGAAAGUCCACUCGUCUCCUGUGCUCCAAGAACGCCUGGAAGAUCACGGCCGAUAGUGCUUCGAGCGCCUUCUAUUGAUUUAAAGGCUGUAUGGCAGAGUUUACUACAAAGGCAAAUAUAUCGCGCUCACACAAUGUCAGGCACACCACUGGGAUCACCACUGGAUUCACCAGAUCCACAAUUGACCUUCAGCCUGGCGACCCUCGACUCACAGCAACGACAGACACGUCGGAGUUCCGCUGAAACGCAGACUGGCGCAGGAGGGAGUGCUGUAGAGACAGGUCGUAGUUCCAGAAGUAGAGGAUCCACGUUACACUUACAACGAUGGAUGACGCAGCUUCCUGAAGCCGAUGAACUGGAUCCUCCAGAACCCGACAUGGAGAUGUGGAGCAUUGAAGAACUACGAAAAAGAUCGAAAGAGUUAAAUUUACUUGAAGUGGCUGAUCUCGUUGAGAAAAAUGAAGUCAAAGAAAAUAAAGAAACAGCACAAGUGGAAAAGAAGGAAAACGAACAUAGUCCUUCAAAGAGCAGUAACUCUGGAAGUCAAAUCACAGUAAGAACUAGUCCAGUUGUUGUAGAUACGCUACCAGUUUGUAGACAGUGCCACAAGAAAUGCUUGUCAAAGCCAAAUAGUCCUUUAGUGUCCCAAAAGGAAUCAUUACCUUCUAAGCCGAAACCUGAGGCAUCUCCUCAAAACUCGAUUUCGAAUAGAAGUUCAAAGAGUGUAUGUAGUGCAAGCUGUGAAAAACGCAAACAAAGUCAGUUUCACUGUCAUUUGGAACGAAAAGGUGCUAUACGAAUACGUCCAGAAGACGGCCCCAAAGCGGCCAUAAAGGUUAUAGAUUCAAUUGAACAGAGCCAAAAGAUGCUGAAAUCAAAGUCGUAUGAACUUAAAACUGAUUCGCCUGUUAUGACUCGAAGUAGUUCAGAUGGCAACACAAAGAGUCAAUUGGAGUUAAGGAAAGAUCAAUCAAUAAGAUCGCCCAGUCCAACGUCAAGUAGCAGAAAUAGUCCUUUAUCUACAAGUCAUACAACAUGUAGCUCAAUGGUAUUUAAUUCUAGCUCUAAUGAUUUAAGAAUAUCAAACUCAAAUAUAACGAAUCCAGUCCAAUGUGUGAUAGCUCAAGAAAAAUAUAUAAAUGAAGUUAAGUGUGUGGAAAGUAUAACUUUACCAAAAUCAAGAACUUCAUCACAUUCAUCUUCACCAACAGUUCUUAAAAAAGAGGAGUUAACGAGACAAAAGGCUGAAACCGUGCUUAAUAAAGUCUUAGGUAUUAACAUAGUAACUAGAAGAGAAAAUGUCGGUACACGUCUGAGGACGUCAUCAGUUUUCUUAGAUGAUGACUCAAUGCAUGAAGACGAUAAUGAUUUUAGAAUUGAGCGGGGCUUAAGGAGAUCUCCUAGAAUGGGAAUCGCAGCAGUCAGUAAAAUGAAUGGAGAUAUAUCAAAAAAAUCUGAAUUAUGCGAAGACAUAAAUGCUAAUACCAGUGAUGUUUUAUCAGAUGAAGAUACAGAAUUGGGACCACUUAUGUUAAUGGGUCUAUCGGCUAUCAAUCCAGCCGCGCAUUUAAUGAGAGUAGAGCCAUUCAAUAGAGCCUCAAUAACUAAUUUAACUAAUACUAAUUCAAGGCCAAGUAGUAUCGGUUCAGUUAAAUCAGAAUCGCCAAUACCUAACAUUGCUGUUGUGCCGCCUACACCUGACUAUAAUACUACUAAUAAGACUGAUGAGCUUAUAGAUGAUUCCCCUGAUUCUCCUGAUGUCCCCGAUGAUCUCCCUUAUAUAUCAUUAAAAAGGUACGGUACAAUGUCAAGUUUAGAAAGGCUCCCAUCUGAUGAGACUGACGAUGGUAAUAUAAGACUGACUUCACAAGAUGUUGAAGCACCCAAGCCGUACAAUGCAGUAACUAGUUCCGCUGCAGGCAUUAUGGGCUGGACAGCCCGAGCCGGGUCAUUUGUAGUUGAAAAGAUGAACAUCUUCAGUCACACUGAAAACGUGCCAAAUACAUCCAUAGCCCACAAGCAGCCCUCUUUCUUAGAAAGGUGUUUAGGUGUGAGUGAUUGGAAGUCCACAUUAGGCACUGAUGAGGGAACUAUUGAGACUGGGGAGGGAAGUGGAGCUAGUGGGGAGGAAGCUUGGGGAACGCCAUCAUCUGGUGAUUUAUCCGAUAAUUUACCAGAUUCGGAUCAUGGCACUCUUUCGUCACCUACAAAGUCUUCUUCAUCUUACGCUGGUGAUGACGAUACCGAACUGAUGAUGGACGAGCUUCUAAUGGCACCGACAAUAACGGGACCUACCACAUUAAGACCACUUUUACCAAGGGAUGUGUUUAGAAGAAGACUAGAACCAUUAUUAGAAGAAGAGUGCUCUGACAGCGGCAGUGAAGAGAACAAGCCUACACCUACCAACUCGGAUGACCAGGGCAGCGAGUUUGGCCCCGAUGCUGACGACUGUUGCGACGCGCCGCACCUACCGCCCUCUGCUUCCGAGCCGGAAGCAGGGGACGGUGUGCGCGGCGCGGGGGUCGCGGUGGGUGGCGCGGGGCGUGGCGCCGCAUGCGACCUGAGUCCAGACCGGACUCCUACCAACGAAGUGCCUUCGAUACCCUUACAAUCUGUUUCAAGAGAAUAUGUGGAACGGGCGUCUGUUGGCGGCGGCCGUCGGGACUCGCUCAGUUCAGCCAGUACCCCCUCCACACUCGAACGUACCACCAUACACAACCCCACACCGAUGCAUCAGCUGUCACCAGCUUCGGAGGCAGUCCCACCGGAGCCACCGGUGGAAGAGCGUCCAGCUACGCCGGAGCGUCUCACUCCAAGAGCGGAGAUGCGGCUGGCGCUGGAUCAGGGGAGGGACAUGCUGGCAGAGCAAGAGAAGUCCUUGGGUGGCGCGUCCGACCACUGGUCGUUUCGCGCGGCGUGCCAGCGGUCGCUGGUGCGGCGCGUGGCGAGCGCGGACGCAGUGACGCUGUGCCGCCGCACCGGCCCUCAUACUACUUCGCACAGUUCUGUAUAUGCUUGGAAAGCUCCAGAAAACGAAACGAAACUUAUGGAGAUGGAGCAACUGGCACGAGCGGAAGCUCAGACGAUGCGUUCGCGGACGCGAUCUCAAUGCCAGAACGGGAAGAUUUUGGGUUUCCUUCGCCGCCGAGCGUCAUCCGAUAGCCCCCGCCGAGAGCCGUUCAUCAUAAACAACUCCAGACCAUUCUCUCCCAGACGUACUACUGAAAGACAAUUCGAGAAACGGUUUUGGAAACAAGUGACGAGAAGAAGACAAUCUUGUGGUUCCAUCAGCCAAAUCUAAAGACGUUUAAUAAAAAUAAGUGUUCACAGAUAAUAAUAGAAGAUUUAGAGGUGACAGAGAGUAGGUAAUUAGUGCAAGUGUUGCCAUUACGGAAAUUUUAAAAAGGUUAGGAAGGUGUGGAUCGUGAACUUUAAAAGAAAUGUGGACUUUUAGAAUAAAGGGAAUGCCAAAUAUUGCCAGGUACGCAAGUAAUGCCAAAAUUACGAACGAAUGGGACCUGUCGAUUAUUCUUCAUAUCGUAGGUAGAAGUAGGUAGGAACUUGGCUUAAAUAUUGUAGAUAGGUGUUACAAAUUGUAAGGCCUAAAGUGUGGGAACCGAGGAAGCAGUCUAAAGUUUCUCAUACAUAGUUGUACAAAGUAAUCUAGAUAUAUAAUUUGUAUAAGCUUAACUUUGUAUAGUUAAAUGUUUUAAUGCGUACGCUGUUGACUAUUGAAAACAAAUAAAUCGUUUCAUAUAAUAAUUCAUCAUUUUAGACGUCCUUCUCAUUCCAGUUUUGAGGAGCUGAUCCGUUGGGUGGCUACGUUUUUAGACAAUCUAUAUUAAUACAUUUUUAAAUUUAUUAUUCCUUCACUGGUUGAACAUUGUUGACUGUUGAUUCGGCGUCCGUUUUUUCUACGAUAUCGAAUCAUUUUGUACACAUAGCAAGAUUAUUUGCCCAACUAUAAUUAAUGCGAUAAUAAUAUUUAUAAAACAUGAGAUGCAAGGCUCGGAAGAAAUGUAAAUUACGGAGAUGUGAGACAUGUUUUUUACAUAUGGUAACAAUCACGUGUUCAACCAGUUGCAUAGGUACCAACAGCUUGUAUUUGCGUCUUGCGAUAUCUAUGAACUGUUUUUUGUAGUAAAACGUGACGAAUUUAUUAAU